AAUGCUUUUAUAUUUGUUACCGGUUUUAAGUGAUGUAGAUUGUGCCUACAAUUCUUGUAGGUGGUUAUGUACCUGAAUUACCAUAUUACUCAUAGAUUUAUACAAUUUCUGCUUUGGUACCUCAAUGACACAAUUCCUCAUUGGGUCUCCUGAUCUGGCCAAUGCCACUUAGACUCUCUACAGUUUAUACCUUUGAUCAUAUUUACCUAAAGUCUCUCAAUGAGUUUAGUUUUCUUAAAGUCGUUUUAUUGUAUUUUAGAAGUCCACUUGCUUCUGGGCUUGAUUUUAAUCUUAGGUUUGUUAUUGCUUUUGGAGACGAAACGCAAGUACAGAAUUGCACCAACUUCAGCAUUAUCUGACAAAAGAAGACAGCCUUCCUUGUUUCUUUUGGAGGGAAGGCAGCAAAAGGCUUCUCCUAAAAUUGAUAGGGAUGAUAUGAAUGUUCAUACCAAAUCACAGAUUGAUCUAGAGUUAGCAAAGAUGAGGAGUAUGACUCCACAAGAGGCUGCUACAGCUGCUGCUCAAGCAGUUGCUGAGGCAGAAGCUGCCAUAGCAGAAGCUGAACAGGCAGCAAGGGAGGCAGAGGCAGCAGAAGCCGAUGCAGAAGCAGCGCAAGCUUUUGCAGAAGCAGCAAUGAAGACACUGACAGGGAGAAGCACCCCAAGGAUGAUGAUUCGUGCUUGAUGGAUAUUUACAAAAUGGGUUAUGAUGAUACCUGAAGCGGAGCAUUUUUUCGUAGUAACCAAGUUAGGUUAGGUUAUUUCAGCCAACUUUGUUUGUAGUUAUAUAUAUGAUUAGUCUUUUGUGGCCAGUGAAAUCCAGUGUGAUCUUAAUUCACCAGAUCAACUACGUGGACAAUUUUUUUUUUUAUAGAGAAUUACAUGCAUGGAAACUUUUGCAUACUUUGGAAAGCUUGUUCCUUGGUAAAUUGGUAUGAACAGUUUUUGGGAGCUUAAGGUUGUAUUCCUCGGAUAUUGUAAAUAGAAGAUACAAAGAAAUAGUAAUAGUUGGAUUCUGGCUGCAAUGUUUGUUUGGUGUUUCAUGUAUAUUAUUCUGACCACUUUUGGGAUAGAAGAGUAUGUAAUUUAGCUGUUUUGC